UUUUUAGUCACAUUGCCUCAGGGCUGGAAAAACGACAGUCAGCUUCGAACAGUUUUCCAAAAAUCAAAGCAAGUCCAGGGCAAAAAAUCAAAAUGCCUUAUACGUCAAAAUCGGCUUAGUAGUAGUGUUCCCCAAAAAGAAUAAAAAAAAACAACCAGAAGUAAAAACAUCUCGCCAGUAAAAGCAAUUCCCAGUGGGAGAGACACUCAAAAAACAAUUCCAGAGGAGAAGAUAUCGACAUAGAAAUCCGGGGGCCACAAAGAUGGCCAACCAGCCGACGACAGCCACGGGUCGAGUCCGCAACACAUCGUUAAAUCUGGAAAACAAGCUAAUCGGCGGAAAGUAUCGCGUGGUGAAGCCCAUUGGAUCCGGCUCCUUCGGCGAUAUAUAUCUCGGGCUAAACGUUAAGGAUGGAGCCGAAGUGGCCAUUAAGGUGGAGUCGAACGAUGCCAAGUAUCCGCAGCUGAUGUACGAGGCUAAGGUGUACGAACAGCUGAUCCGCAGCCCGGGAUUCCCGGCACUGCUUCACUUUGGAUGCGAGAAGAACUACAAUGCCAUGGUUAUAGAGCUGUUGGGUCCGUCUCUCGAGGAGCUCUUCAAUGUGUGCAAGCGCCGAUUCUCGCUGAAGACCGUCCUUAUGCUGACCGAUCAGCUGCUGAUGCGAAUAGAGUGUGUCCACGAGCAUGGGUUCAUACAUCGCGACAUCAAGCCCGAUAACUUUCUAAUGGGUCUGGGCAACCACUGCAAUAAGCUGUACCUCAUUGAUUUCGGCCUGUCCAAGAGGUACAAGGACAUCGAGUCGGAGAUGCAUAUACCCUAUCGCAAGGACCGCAAUCUAACGGGCACCGUUCGCUAUGCCUCGAUAAAUGCCCAAAUGGGAGUGGAGCAAUCUCGCCGGGAUGACAUGGAGUCCUUGUGCUAUUGCAUGAUGUACUUCAAUCUGGGAAAGUUACCCUGGCAGGGUAUUACGGCCGCCAACAAGAAGCAGAAGUACGAGAAGAUACUGGAGAAGAAGAGGAGCGUUACGAUCCCGGAACUCUGCCAAGGCUUCCCCAACGAGUUUUGCCUGCUGAUGACCUACGUACGGAACCUUCGCUUCAAGGAGCCCCCGGAUCACGUCUAUCUCCGCCAGCUUUUCCGCAUACUUUUGCGCACGCUGAACCAUCAGUACGACUACAUAUACGAUUGGACACUGCUGCAGCAGCAAAAGGAUCAGCUGCGCAGUAACAGGGAUCGAGAACGGGAUCGGGAUCGGGAUGUGGAGCGGGAUCGUGAGCGUCGGCGUGAACGGGAGCGACAGAAGGAGCGGAUCAGAGAUCGCGAACAGGAUCGUCUGCUCAGAACUGCAACCCAACAGGCGGAUCGAUCUCAUGGCCAUCUGUCGAGCAGAUAUGAUCGCAUUGGCGAUGGGACCAUCAGCAAGCGAAAGUAAUACCAUCGACUGGCCAAGAAUACUAUCUGCAACAUAAAUAUAUCUAAAUUAUUCCCAUUUAAAAGUUUAGCGGUUCAUGUUGGGAGCCUACUUUUGAUUGUUUUAUUUCGCAAAUAUAAUUUUGAAUACAA